AUGACAAUAUUAUUUGAAAUAUUGUUAUUGAUUGAAUUUGCUGAAGCAAGUUUUUAUAUUUGUUAUAGGAAUUCAAUUGAUUUUCAACAAGCAUUUGAUAAACCAUACAAUUUAGUUGAUGAUUUUGAGUCAUCAAAAGAAAGAACAUGA